AUGACUGGUGUCAUUGGCAUUGACAGAAUGAUGCCAGUCACCCAUUUGGGACACAGGUUCAUUGCUUUCGCUUCUUUAUUCUUUAUCCUGGUUUCAAUCACAACCUUUUGCCUGGAGACCCAUGAGGCUUUCAAUACCAUUAUAAACAAGACAGAACCAGUCAUCAAUGGCACAAAAGUUGUUCUGCAGUAUGAAAUUGAAACGGAUCCUGCUCUGACGUAUGUAGAAGGAGUGUGUGUGGUGUGGUUUACAUUUGAAUUUUUAGUCCGUAUUGUUUUUUCCCCAAAUAAACUUGAAUUCAUCAAAAAUCUCUUGAAUAUCAUUGACUUUGUGGCCAUCCUACCUUUCUACCUGGAAGUGGGACUCAGUGGGCUCUCAUCCAAAGCUGCUAAAGAUGUCCUUGGCUUCCUCAGGGUGGUGAGAUUUGUCAGGAUUCUGAGAAUCUUUAAGCUCACCCGCCAUUUUGUAGGGCUGAGGGUGCUUGGACAUACUCUUCGAGCAAGCACUAAUGAAUUUUUGCUGCUGAUAAUCUUCCUGGCCCUUGGAGUUUUGAUAUUUGCCACCAUGAUCUACUAUGCUGAGAGAGUAGGGGCUCAGCCUAAUGACCCUUCAGCUAGCGAGCACACACAGUUUAAAAAUAUCCCCAUUGGGUUCUGGUGGGCUGUGGUGACCAUGACCACUCUGGGUUAUGGGGAUAUGUACCCACAGACUUGGUCAGGGAUGUUAGUGGGGGCCCUGUGUGCUCUGGCUGGGGUGCUCACCAUAGCCAUGCCCGUGCCUGUCAUUGUCAACAAUUUUGGAAUGUACUACUCUUUGGCAAUGGCAAAGCAGAAACUUCCAAGGAAGAGAAAGAAGCAUAUCCCUCCAGCUCCUCAGGCAAGCUCUCCUACCUUUUGCAAGAUGGACCUGAAUAUGGCCUGCAAUAGCACACAGGGAGAUCCAUGCCUGGGCAAAGACAAUCUAUUGCUGGACCAUAAUCGAUCAGUGUUAUCAGGUGAAGACAGUGCAGGAAGUGAGCAGCCAUUGUCACCCCCUGAAAGGCUUCCAAUGAGACGCUCUAGUACCAGAGACAAAAACAGAAGAGGGGGAGCCUGUUUCCUACUGACCACAGGUGAUUACACGUGUGCGACUGAUGGAGGGAUCAGGAAAGGAUAUGAAAAAUCCAGAAGUUUAAACAACAUAGCGGGCUUGGCAGGCAAUGCUCUGAGACUCUCUCCAGUUACAUCACCCUACAGCUCACCUUGUCCUCUGAGACGGUCUCGAUCUCCCAUCCCAUCCAUCUUGUAAACCAAACUGCACCAGGAGGCUAAAUUGCAUCAAUUCAAGUACUGUUUACCACAUAAUGGAAAUAAUUAAAUGUAGCAUUGCUGUAGGCUCCAUUAAUACAAUAGAAAUCCUGCAUGAUACUACUAUUAUCAGAAGUCAGAAAUGCCACUUGGGUAGCUAAUGAGUCUCAGCUUGACUCUACAGAUUAUCUAAAGUAGUGCUUCUCUUCUUCCUCUGCACUAGAUUUCUGGCAAUUGUUUUCUGGCAAUAAAGAGACAGAUAGUGUCAGAUAUUGGCCAGUAUAUUCAAUAAAAUAAGCAUAUUUUCAGGGAGAUCUAUUUAAACCAAUGUGCUUCCAAAUGACUACCACUCCAUUGGACCUAC